AUGCCAGCUAGAAAUACUUCAUCACAUUCUUCCAAAGAUAAAAUUCCAACAAAAACAGAAUGGACAAGAUCUAAACCAAUUGAUUUAUCUAAAAGAUUACCAUUAUUUGAUAUUGAUACUUCAAAUAUUAUAAGUGGAACUAGACAUCGUAAUAAUAUUGAUUAUCAUCAUGCAAAUUUAAAUGGUAAACAAAUUUCAGUGAAAAGAUCUUCGAAAAAUUCAAUUGAAAAGAGAACUAAAUGUAAAUAUCCUAAAUUUGUAAAUAAAAAAAGAAGAGAAUUAAAUACCCAGAAGAAUCAGAUCUUAUUAUUGUUCAUAACUGAAGUUGCCCUACUGUGUUUGAGGCAGUAG